CCCCCAGCGAAUCCGAGUCGAUGCCGAGUCCCAAACGGAAUAGGCCCGAACCCACCGUGUUGACUGGGUUGCGUGCUACAGCUCAAACAAACCGAUAUUGUUUUUUCACUUCAAGUCCAUCCGCCAUUGGGACUGCGUUGAACCAUUUGACUCGGCGCUAAAACUCAAAGGACUAUGCAUUUCAGGGAGGGAUGAAAAAAACUAGGACAAGAAGCUGCUCCUGUAACACAGUAGAGUACUAUCGCACAUGGUUAGCCUAUCUUGAUAUGACAAUGGUGUGAAGUGGCCCUAAGGGAAGAAGAACACAACCACUCAAUCCCUCAGGUGUCCCACUGUCCUCUUCAUCGCUCCAUGCCCCACUAAGAAGACAACACAGUGCUCCACUUGUGGAAAGAAGAGUUUUGCACCCUUUUUGCUCUACCGUUUCUUUCUCGCCAUGGGGGGUGCAGUGAGCGCCGGGGAGGACAACGAUGAUCUGAUUGACAACCUGAAGGAGGCGCAGUACAUCCGUACGGGUCGCGUGGAGCAGGCCUUCAGGGCCAUAGACCGCGGGGACUACUACCUGGAUGGCUACAGGGACAAUGCCUACAAGGACCUGGCGUGGAAGCAUGGCAACAUCCACCUGUCUGCCCCCUGUAUCUACUCUGAGGUGAUGGAGGCUCUGAAGCUCCAGCAGGGACUGUCCUUCCUCAACCUGGGCAGUGGGACUGGAUAUCUCAGCACCAUGGUGGGACUCAUAAUAGGUCCAUUUGGUGUGAACCAUGGAGUGGAGCUCCAUACGAAUGUAGUGGAAUAUGCCAAGGAGAAACUAGAUGACUUCAUCAAGAAUAGUGACAGCUUUGAUAAGUUUGAGUUCUGUGAACCCAUCUUCGUGGUGGGCAACUGUCUGGAGAUCUCGUCAGACAGUCAUCAAUACGACCGUAUCUACUGUGGUGCGGGGGUGCAGAAGGAUCAUGAAAAUUACAUGAAAAUCCUGCUCAAAGUUGGGGGUAUUCUAGUGAUGCCUAUAGAGGAUCAGCUGACACAGAUCACCAGGACUGGUCAGUGUUCCUGGGAGAGUAAGAAUAUCCUGGCUGUGUCAUUCGCUCCUCUGGUCCAGCAGAACAGAGCUGAGGGAAGCAAGCCUGAUGCUGUAGAGCUGCCCCCAGUGACGGUCAGGAGCCUUCAGGACCUGUCUCGCAUCUACAUCCGCCGCACCCUCCGAGAUCUGACCAAUGAGGAAAGCCUUGACAACGGCCUGGUGCAGAGGGCGCCCCAGAAACGCAAGCGCAGGCGUUGCCGGCGGCGACGCAUUAACACGUACGUCUUUGUGGGUAACCAGCUGAUCCCCCAAGCCGUGGAGAGCGAGGAGGACGAACGGAUCGAGGAGGAGCAGCACAAGGGGGACCAGGAGCAGCAGGAGGCGCAGGAGAAGGAGCGGCAGCGGGAGGAGGAGAGAGACAUUGGCAGCAUUGAGAUACUAAAGGCAGUGAAUGUGCUGAGAGACAAAAUCAUGACUUUACCUCUGCCUGAAUCGCUGAAGACCUAUCUGUUAUACUACAGAGAAAAAUAAAUGACUGACUGACUGACUACUCAACCUGCUGGUGUCCGUUCUCAUGGAUGCCAUGCCUGCUGAGAUGCUUGUCUUCACUUUCCUGUUUUCUCUUUUUUCAGUACUGAAUGAUGUAGCAUAAUUUUUCUUCAAUAUGAACAUGGAAUGGAGACUAUGAUAUGGUUAUGUUAGUUUUUAUGUUAUCGAUUGUUUUGAAUGUGUAUAUCAAAGCUUUAUUUAAAAGCCUACUGAAUGGAAAAUCCUUUUCAAAUAUGGUAUUUUGAGGAUGUAGAUUUUAUCACAUGUUAAUAUUCCAGCAAAUUGUCAUGAAAUGAAAUUGUACAAAAUAAAUAAAAUGCUACCUAUAUUUGUUAACAAUA